CGGCGGGGCCGGAGGGCAGUGGGAUCGCCUUGGGGUGGGGGCGGGGGACACUCCUGAACCCCCCGAGGGCCGGAGCGGCCACUUCCGCCUGGGCCUUCCCCCUCUGGGCGCAGUGCGGGGGAGCAGAUGCCUCCUGGAACGAUCGCCUCCCCGUGUGCUUUGGCGGACGCUGGAGACCCACAGGCGGGCCGGCGGAACAAGAUGAAGCUCAUCAUCCUGGAUCACUAUUCUCAGGCCAGUGAGUGGGCCGCCAAAUACAUCAGGAACCGCAUCAUCCAGUUCAACCCAGGACCAGACAAGUACUUCACCUUGGGGCUCCCCACCGGGAGCACCCCACUUGGCUGCUACAAGAAGCUAAUCGAGUACUAUAAGAAUGGAGACCUGUCCUUCAAGUAUGUGAAGACCUUCAACAUGGACGAGUAUGUGGGUCUUCCUCGAGAGCACCCAGAGAGUUACCACUCCUUUAUGUGGAACAACUUCUUCAAGCACAUUGACAUCCACCCGGCAAACACCCACAUCCUGGAUGGGAACGUGGCUGACCUGCAGGCCGAGUGUGACGCCUUCGAGGAGAAGAUCCAGGCUGCAGGCGGGAUUGAGCUGUUCGUUGGAGGCAUCGGCCCUGACGGACACAUUGCCUUCAAUGAGCCGGGCUCCAGUCUGGUAUCCAGGACCCGGGUGAAGACACUGGCCAUGGACACCAUCUUGGCCAAUGCCAGGUUCUUUGAUGGAGAUCUCGCCAAGGUGCCCACCAUGGCCCUGACAGUGGGUGUGGGCACUGUCAUGGAUGCCAGAGAGGUGAUGAUCCUCAUCACAGGUGCUCACAAGGCGUUUGCUCUGUACAAAGCCAUUGAGGAGGGAGUGAACCACAUGUGGACCGUGUCUGCCUUCCAGCAGCACCCCCGCACUGUGUUUGUGUGCGACGAGGAUGCCACCCUGGAGCUGAAAGUGAAGACCGUGAAGUAUUUCAAAGGUUUAAUGCUUGUUCAUAACAAGUUGGUGGACCCCUUGUACAGUAUCAAAGAGAAAGAGACAGAGAAAAGCCAGUCUUCUAAGAAACCAUACAGUGAUUGAUCUGUGCUAAUCCUAGUGCCAAGUACCUCACUGGGACAGGCAGGAAUUUCUGGAAAUUCUCUUAAGGACAAAAUUGUUUUUUUUAUCCAGUACAAUUACUCUGGAUAAAUGGGUGAACUUAACUGCACUUGGCUUUGCAGUGUGGAGCCUAUUUUCAGAGGUUAGCUAUGGGAGAAAUGAUUUGUCUGUAACUUAUCAAUCAGAAAAAAAAUCACUCCAUGUUUUGAUGUCUGCUCUACACAGAUUAGGGGGUUUCGGCUUUGUGUUCUGCCUGACCCUGUUCACAUGUACAGCACACUCCUGUUGGGAAUCUCUCUCACGUGCAGGUUCUCGGCUUACUGUAUUGGACAAACCCUUUUUGGAGGCUUCAAGCCCCUCUUGAGCAGGCCUGCCCCUUAUUUGAGAAUCACUGCCCCAGGUGAAGGACAAACUCUGUGUCUAAGGUCAGCAUAAGGAGGCAGUCCUCUGGCCAGUAACAAGUGCCAUGGAAAGAAAACUGCCCCUUUCUUUCCUGUUUCUCUCUCUCUCAGUUGGCCUUUCCAUGAACCCUGAGGACUCCUUGGGGGAGGACUUUGGAGGGAAGAGAAGGCUUUGCUGAUGAGCUCGGAGCCUUGAGAGCUCAGCAACGUCAAACUCCUCUCCCUCAGGGUCCCUUCCGCACCUGAGGAAGGCGAGAGGCAUGAACCCUUUCCCACCAGAGCCUGUGUUUUGUUCCAAGGCCUCCCUGUGGCACCCCUUUUACAUACUCGUUAAUAAGCAGGUCCAUAGGCCUCCCUGUGGCACCCCUUUUACAUACUCAUUAAUAAGCAGGUCCAUAGGCCUCCCUGUGGCACCCCUUUUACAUACUCAAUAAGCAGGUCCAUUGGGGCAACAGACGCUGGCACAGUUCCAAUGUGUUUAGCCAAGGUGCUAGGGGCUGGGCAAGCAGCUCAGUGAUGAGUUUAGUCACAAUGGGAGUGACCUGCUCUCCUGCUUCCUGAGGAACUGAGUGCCAAGACUAUACAAAUGCUUCUAAGGUUGCCUUUCCCCACCUAAACUGCCCCUCACCUCUCGGGUUCAUGUUGCGUGCUCUGAUGUUUCUAGAACAUCAGGAAAUGGAACCCUUUUGUCCCUUUAUCCUUUACCCCUGCUCACAAGGCGAAUAUUGCUCUGUCUUCCUUUUACCCUCUUAAUCCUCCACCCCCUACCUUUGUGCCUGUUUCAAGCUGCUGCCGCCUCUGUUUCUCAUGAAGAUCUUUCAGAACCAGCUCAAGCCUCUAAGUGCUGUUUGGUUCCAGCAUUUUAGCUUUUCAUGUGUGAUUGUGCUGUCAUUCUAUGUUAAGCUGACAGAGUCAUUCUAUGUUAAGCUGACAGAUCAAUAGGCUUUACAAUGUGAUAUUUUCUAUUAAAUCCAAUGUUUUCAAAUUUGUCAUUUAUGGACUUCCAUCCUCCCAUCCCCCCAAAGGUUAGAUGAUCUGGGCUCAUAUAUAUUUUGGAAAUAGCUGAUGAACAAAGCUUUACACUCACUCUCACAGCCUCUCUGCAGGAAGUCACAAUCAGCAACUGUACAUCUUUUUCACUUACUGGCGGAAAAGAAAGUAUGUCAUCAAAGUGGGGUGAAAAGCCUGUGUGAAAAAUGGUAGGAAUGAAAAGUUGAGCAGUAAAUGGUUCAUAUUCUAACUGUACUUAGGACCGAAACAAGGAUAUAGCUAUUAA